ACAGUUCCUCUGACAAAUACAAAAUGGUUGAAAACUAAAGUUGGCAAACAAAGAAAGGCAGCGUAAUAACGCAUAUGAACGUUAAAAUUGUGUUUUCUGAAGUGAAAGUUAGUUAGUUUAGUGUCUAUUAAGUGUUUUGUGUACGAUGUUGGAUUUAGAAAUCGUCCCGGAGCGAUCCCUGGGUUGUGAUACCUGGGAAUUCGUACUUGGGAUGCAUUUCUCUCAGUCAGUUGCCAUCAUACAAAGCCAAGUGGGUACAAUACGAGGUGUGCAAGUCUUAUAUAGUGAUCAGAAUCCAUUAUCGGUAGACCUAGUAAUAAAUAUGCCGCAGGACGGCAUCCGGUUAAUAUUCGACCCGGUCGCACAGCGCCUCAAAAUUAUAGAAAUAUACAAUAUGAAAUUAGUUAAGCUUAGGUAUAGUGGCAUGUGCUUCAAUUCUCCGGAGAUCACGCCGUCUAUAGAGCAAGUGGAGCACUGCUUUGGCGCGACUCACCCCGGCCUUUACGACUCGCAACGGCAUCUCUUCGCACUCAAUUUUAGAGGACUUUCAUUCUAUUUUCCUGUUGAUAGUAAAUUUGAGCCUGGGUACGCGCACGGCCUGGGCUCGCUGCAGUUCCCCAACGGCGGUUCUCCUGUCGUCUCCCGGACCACCAUUUACUAUGGAUCACAACAUCAAUUAAGCAGCAGUAGUAGUGGGCGGUGCGCAGCGCCACUACCCGAGCUGCCGCUGUCCUGCUACCGGCAGCAGCUGCACCUGCGCCGCUGCGACGUGCUGCGCUCGCCCGCAGCCACGCUCGCACUGCGCCUGCACAUGUACACUGAAGGUAAACAUCACUACUGCGAGGUUAUGCUCGCCUGGUACUUUUGUAUUCCGCUGGAUUCAACCUGUGCUGAUAAUGGCAUACCAGUAACUGACAUGUUACAGUUUAACUAUUUCACCUUAGGAUUGGACGUGUUGUUCGACGCGCGCACACACCGCGUGAAGAAGUUCGUGCUGCACACCAACUACCCGGGACAUUACAACUUCAACAUGUACCACCGCUGCGAGUUCGAGCUCACCGUGCAACCGGACAAAUGCGAGUCGAAUACACUAGUGGAGAGCCGCGGCGCGGUCACCAUUACCGCAUACAGCAAGUGGGAGACGGUGUCGCGUGCGUUGCGCGUCUGCGAGCGGCCUGUGGUGCUCAACCGCGCCUCCUCCACUAACACUACCAACCCAUUCGGAUCCACCUUCUGUUAUGGGUACCAGGAUAUCAUAUUUGAGGUGAUGUCGAACAACUACAUAGCGUCGAUCACGCUAUACCAGCCGGAGGGCACCCGGCCUCACUACGCUGUCAACUCGAUCGCGUGACAUAGCCAGGUAUCGCCAAGCAAAGGGAAGUACACGUCUUGAAUGCUGUGUUGUCAGUACAAUAACCUCCACUAGUGGCAACACCGGUUCGGUAGUCACACAAUAUUUUUCAAUUCUGGCAAUAUGACUUUUACAUAUCUUACAAAGCACCUAAGAGGAAGCAGUAUUUAAAUAAAAAAUGUGAUAAAAACUGUGGAAAACUCUGAAAAAAAUCUUACAUAAGUGAAUGACAGAUCUCAAGAUGGUGUGUUGAAUAGUUUUUAUUUAACUUAGCAAUGUAUGGUAAAAAAAAAUAAUUUAAAAACAUCCUAUGUUAAGUUGAUUUUUUUUAAUUACAUGACGUGUGGUUAUGAUCUUUUAGUAAUAAUAGUCGAAUGUGUUCUUAAUAUGAGAAAAAAGGUUUAUGAAAUUAUUCAUGGUAACUAGAAAUAGACUGUGCUGUAAAUAUUUUUGGAACUUUGGUGAGAAAAAAUGAUAACAAAAAAUUGAUGUAUUUUUUCUAAAAUCAUUUUCGAGAAAGAGCAUUGUGUGAUUUAAUGUAUGUGCAAAAAUAUUUUUAUCUAGAAUAGCACCACGAUAAAGCCAUUCAUGUUUUUUUUAUAUUUUAAGUGUAGUUUUUUCUGUUAUGUUAAAGACUUCAUAGACAAAACUUUUACAAUUUACCCUUUUUAUCUAGUUUAACCUUUACUGGUAACAUUUUGCAACAAUAAAAUUAAUAAAAAAUAGUUUUAAUCAUUUUUUAAUUGUCUAUUUCUACUUAAAUAUUUCUCAAGGCAUUCUACAUAUCAUUUGUCUAUGGCGCCUUUAAUUGCCAGACUUGUGACGUUAUUAUUUAUUUGAACGUCCUUGAUUUUUUAAUAUAUUGUGAUUUUCAUACUCUUCGAUUUUACAACGUUUUUUUUAUAAAAUCGAAAAGCUAGCUCGAUUGUAUUGUACCUUUAAGUUUCGAAAAAAAUCGACUUAUUUAUUUUAUGAAUACCUAUUAUAGCUGCAUUCGUUUUUAAAAUACGUAGAUAAAAUAAGGUACAUAGAAUGAAAAAUGCUUUCAGAAUGCUUGAAAAAAAAAAUGAUUGCUUGUGUUGGUUAUGAUUGUUUUAACGUGAUGCGAAUUAUAUUUUAAUUUCAAUUGUAAUAUAUUAUAGGUAAUUGUCACAAAUAUUCACUGCGGAUCGUCAGCAUUAUUUUUUUGUAAUAUUCAUUCCAAAAAUAUUAGUUUAAUUUUUCUACCAACUUUUAUUAUUUUGGUUAAAAAAAUCGUAUUUUUUUACAUUUCAUGUUUCAUUAUUAUGGGCAAUUGUCUGGCUUUUUGUCUUUAUAUUGAAGCAUAAAACUGUAGAAAAAACGCAAUAUUGUUACUGUCAGUUGUUUUUCCGCGAUUUUUUACGAUUUUUUUGAAAGCGAUUGUUAAGUAGAUGAAUUUUUUAAAUAUUUUAUUACACAUAAUGCUGUAGUGCACAGUUGAAAUAAGUUAACCAUAUUAAAAGUCAUGUGUAUUUUUUUUUAAGAAUUUGCGUAGUUUUAGUGGCAAUGUUAAUAUUCGAAAUCGGACCCUAAUUCUUAUGAUUUAAAGUCUAAAUUUCAAUAACAAAUGAGCUUAAAAAUGUAGGCAGACGUGAGGUGGUUGUGAUGUAACGUAAACAAUCGAUUUGCUCUCAUUAUUAUAAUAAAAUUUCGUUUCGGUAGUAAGCUGUAAAGUUAUAUGUAAGGUGUAUAAACUUCUAUAGAGACAGGCUAUAAAAUGAAUAAAACCAGAACUACUAAUUGGAUUGAAUUUAACAAAACCUGUACACUUCAAUGUUAGGUGUAGCGGGAUUUUCCCAGCUGAUGAUUUUGGGCCACCAAAUAUAUGAAAAGCGUAAUACAAGUAUAAUGAAAAAAAAAAACGAUUUAAAAACCCUUACUAGACCAAUAAAUUAAAAAAAAUCUUGUAAUUGUAAAAAGCAAGCUAAUUUUUUUUAAGUCGUAGCUUUGCAUCGUGUCUCUGAUGUCGAUUUUUUCUUACAUGUAACAUUUAUUUAUUUUUGCACAAUAACUCACGAGUGUGAUUGUCAUUAGGUAUGAUGGCUGUGGUGCCAUACUACAAAAAAAAAUUAAAAAAUGACAAAUAAUACUAUAAAAAAAGUAUUAAUUAAGGUAGCGUAUGCUGCGAUAUCUUUGUUGAUAUGCAAAUAUUUUUUUUAAUAAAGAAUAGAGCUUGAUUUUUGUUUUAAAAUCCCCUACAAAUAGUUUUUCAUAGACCAAAUAUUUCUGUUGGAAAUAGCAAAAAAACUAUAUUUGCAUAUACAACAACGAUUUAUUUUUUAUAUAAAGAUAAUUAGCUUACUUUUGUCUCGCUGUGUACUUAUCGUCACAGUUGUCACUUUAGUCAUAAUGUUGUUUGUAUUUUAUAAUUAUGUCAGCCUUGGAAUAAACACGAUGUUAUGCAAAAAAUCUCGAAUUUAAAAAAAAAAUAACAUUUGUACUUGGGCCAUUUUAAUAAACCACAUUUGAUAUUAAUUUUACCUUCAUACUGAGGUUUUUUAAAAACACCGAUUUAAGCCAAUGAAUCGAUUCUGAAAAAUUAAUGUUUUUUCGUUUUUUUUAAUUCCUACAGUUUAAAAAAAUGUUCGCUGGCGCAACAUUCCCACCUUGUUCGAUUGACAUAUGAUUAUAUACGAAACUCGCUGUUGUUCGCGACUUCGCCUACAUGAAAUAAAAAAUACAACCUAUGUUAUUCCCGGAUAACUUAUCUUUCUAACGAUGAAAGAAUUUUUUUAAAAUCGGCCCAAUAGUUUUAAGUUAUUUCAAUACAUACAAAAAUACUCUAUUCAAAAAAUCUCUCCUCUUUAUAAUAUUGAUUGAUUUUAGAAAAAAGGUGCAGUUUUGAUUUCUACAAAAUAAAAGUAAUACUUUGAAGCAUAAAGUUUCGUGGUUGGAUUUCGAUGUAGUGGUUAAGUUGGCCCAUUUAUAAUGAAUAUUGUCAUAUAUCGUGUAAUUCGUAAUAUAAAAGGCUGACAUAAAAUCGUAUAAUAUAACCGUAGCUUGUAUGUCAUACGUGUAGUAGCGUUAUAUUAUGCAUUUAGGUACAUAACAACUUUUAUGAUUAGUGAAUAAAGGACACCCACUUUAAAUGGUACUUUUGAUAUUUUAAGAAUCUAGCAACAAUUUACUGGAAGCAUAAUAUGACGUGUAUAUAAUUUUUUUUUUAGAAAAAUAUGAAUUGUCAUAUUUGUUUUUAAUCAGUGUUGCCAAUCUGAAUACUACCAAUGUGUUUUUUUUUGUAAUAGCCAAUGUUUUUUUUUUUAUUUAUUACUAUAUUGUUGUAAAAAUUGUUGAAAGUCCGAUUGUUGUUAUUUGUGAGCGAAUCAUAGUUAUUAUAUUUUUCAUCUGGUUGUCAAAUUGGUAGAGGAAUUGCUAAUUUUUUUUUAAUAAAACGAUAUCCAUAAGUCAUAAUUAUUUAUUGUGAUACGAGAAAAACCGUUAAUUGGUUAAUUUUCUUAUAUCUUUUAUUCUUUAAUUGGUAUAAGUGCAUAAAAAGACCAUAGAUUAUUUUUUUAGAUUUUUUUUAGCAAUAAUCGUUUAUUUAUUUCAAUAUAACGUAAAAUCGUAAGCAUUUUCGUUUGCUUAAAAAAUCAUAAUAAUAAAAUAAUUGCGUGUGAAUUAUAAUAAAAAAAAAUGUUUCAAAAUCGUGUGUUGUAAUUUUUAUCGUCACUAAUUACAUUUGUUAAUUUUUUAUUUUAUUGUCAUGAACUCGUAAAUUUUACACGUGUUUUUUAUCUACUGACAUGCAUAUUAAAUACAGUUAUCGAAGUAUUUUAAAUAUUAUUUUUUAUGAGUUUAUUUAUGUAUUAUUUUAUUUACUAAAUCAUUUCUAAUAUUGAUGUGAGUUGUCUAUAUAUUUUUGUUAAAAUGCUGUUAUAAGUACAAAAAUUUAAAUUAACAUAACACCGCUAAAGAAUUAGACAGUCAAUUGGUUUCGACACAAUUUCAAAAAAUAUUUGACUAAGGACCUGUCCUACAAUUCUUGGAAAUUGAUGACAACCUGAAAUAUCUGAUUUUGGUAUUCUAUCUGACAGGGACACUUUUAAACUAUCUGAGCCUCUAUCAGCCAUUGGCGGGACAGGCCCUUAGUGACACGUUAAAAUUCCGUUGUUUUAUUUAUCAGAUAUUAUUUAAGCCACUAUCAGAUGCUAUAAGUAUACGAUAUAAGUUAAAAUGAACUAAAUAUAACUAUGAUUUGCUUAUAGUGUAGAUAGAUUAAAAUAGUCAACAAAUUGAAUGAUUCGCUCGUGCGUAACGGAAUGAAUGACAAAAAAUUGUCUACAAAACGGCAAAUAAGGGUGGUGUUACAUUAGUCUUGUCAAUAAUUUAAAAGUGACAGGUGAUAUUUACCAUUUUGACAAUAUCAAUGGUAAUGUUUUUAUCCAUUUAAAACUAUGUUUGGUUCUUUUGUAUUACAUAGCACCAUAGCAUUUUUUAUAAGAUUACAAAAAUGCGAAGUUUUUUUUCUAUUAAUGUCCAAAUUAUACCAAACAUUCGAAAAUAAAAUUAUGGAAAAUAUGAAUGGAAAUAAUAUUUGACAGCUUCUUGCCCCUUACCACCCUUUAUUGCCAAUGUGUUUUGAUGCCAAAAUUUAUCAAAUUAAAUUUGAAAUGUUCAAAAUUUACUCCGUUCGAUGCCAACGCACAUUUAAAAAACUUUUUAAUCGAAUGUUUUUGUAGUUAAAUGGGCAUUAUUCAACAUUUAGUGAAUGCGGUAUAAGCAGCGUACACAUGAACCAAAUAUUUUUGAUUAGUAACUGCUUGCAAUUUUACAUAAAAGUACAUUUAAUUUAUAACUGAAAACGCAAGUGUGUACGUAGCUUAAUACUUUGACAGGUUAUAAUUUGUUAUAAUAAUUAUGUUUGUAUACAUUUCUCUAAAUUGUGAUCAUUGUAAAUUUCUCUUUUAUAUUCCAGUCAAGUGGGUACAAAGAAAAAAAAAUGUCUCAAAAAAUACCAAAAAACUUAAUAAAGGAUUUCAUACCGAA